UCUGCAUUUGUUUAUAUAGGAAUUCGCCUCACGGUGGUCUCAUUAUUUUUAGAAUCUAUAUCUAUAUCUAUAUUCAUCACUAUCAAACACCAAUCUCUUAUCUCCCAUCAUUAUCAGCUUGUAUCGUAUUAUAUAUCAUCUUUCCCCUAACAACCACAAUCAUCUCCUGCAUCUCUCUGACUCGAAAUUGGCAUGAGAUCUUCACCGAAAAAGAUUGCCAUGAGCCUUCAGGCCAGAGAGAGCGCCAGUCCCAGACGGGUAGCGGCAAACCCAGAAGAAUGCUCCAUUGAGGACGGUUCGUGGAAGGAGGUGGACGUUUGCAGUCCCUUAAAAUCUGAUAGUAAACUGAAGCACAGGCCCUUGAACGCUUUUAGAGUUGUAAGGGGUGUUCUAUGUUUGGUGGUGUUUCUUUCCACUGCUUUCACCAUUCUAGUCUGUUUUGCGCCGGUGGUAGCUGUUUUGUUGCGACUUUUUAGCAUACAUUACAGCAGAAAAGCAACUUCCUUUCUAUUUGCUAGGUGGCUGGCUCUCUGGCCCUUUCUAUUUGAAAAGAUCAACGGGACGAACGUGGUUUUUUCGGGCGAUACUGUCCCACCUAGAGAGCGCAUUUUGAUUAUUGCGAAUCAUAAAACUGAGGUGGAUUGGAUGUACUUGUGGGAUCUUGCAUUGCGAAAAGGGUCCCUCGGAUAUGUUAAAUAUGUGCUCAAGAGCAGCUUGAUGAAGCUGCCUGUUUUCGGUUGGGGGUUCCACGUUCUGGAGUUCAUUCCUUUGAAGAGGAAGUGGGAAGUUGAUGAACCAAUUCUCCGGAAAAUGCUAUUAAGUUUUGCUGAUCCUCGAGACCCUCUCUGGCUUUCUAUUUUUCCUGAAGGAACUGAUUACGAUGAAGAAAAAUGCAAAAAGAGCCAGACAUUUGCUGCUGAAAAUGGACUUCCUGUGCUGUCACAUGUGCUACUUCCAAGGACUAAAGGUUUUUGUGCUUGCUUAGAAGCCCUAAGAGGUUCUUUGGAUGCAGUUUAUGACUUGACAAUUGCAUACAAGAAUCAAUGCCCUUCGUUUAUGGACAAUGCAUUUGGUGUAGAUCCUUCAGAAGUACACAUUCAUGUUCGGCGUAUCUCAAUGGAAGAUAUCCCGGAGUCUAGCACAGAUGCUGCAUCUUGGUUAGUGGACACAUUCCAUCUCAAGGACAACAUGCUGUCAGAUUUCCAUACUCGAGGCCAUUUUCCUAAUGAAGGAGGAGAAGAAGACAUUUCUGCGUUCAAGGGUUUGGUAAAUUUUAUGUUGAUACUUAUUUUGACAGUGGUUAUCAUUUACCUUACCAUUUUUUCAUCGGUCUGGUUUAAAAUAUACAUCGGUUUAUCAUGUGCAUACCUUGCUUCCGCAACAUAUUUUGAAAUCCAACCGGUGCCAGUAUUAGACUUUGUUAAAGCAACAUUGGUUUGCAAUAGACUCAGAUGUGAAUAACAUUUACAGGAUACGUACAUUUUUUACAAUUUACAACUUUUAGUAUCCUUUUUCUUCUGGUUAUGUUCAUAUAUUGUUACUGUGGAUAUAAGUGCUUCUAUAAUGGACUUGUCGCACCUGUAUAUCUAGUGACUGACUACAACCGAAAACAGAGUCAUGCAUACAACAGGGCUCAGGUCCCUGUUGUUGCGCUGAAGGAAAGAUGCCAGCUUAUGGGUUCUCUGUGCAGCUUUUUUGCUGCUAUUGUGAGAUAUAUGGAAUUGGAAAAAGGAAAAAAAAAUAAAAAAUCAUUACGGUGCACAAUCAUGGUCAGGUUCACUCUUUGUCCUGUAAAAUAAAUUGAGGGUAAAGUUGUCAAGUCCCUAAAAUUACAUGCAUAUUGAUGGACAGGGAAUUUACAGAGACCACUUGUAAAGAAGAAUAUACUGGCACUAGUUCAGUGUACAAUUGUUGAUCAUCUGUAAUGAUAUCUCUCAACCUUAGAUCUCCUUAUGCUGUUGAUUAGAGGGAAGUUCAAACUUGUUAGAUCAGAAUCAGAUUACUCCCUGCGCCUAAAUUUCAUAUCUUUUAUGUUCACCUACUUCUCAUUCAUGGCAUUCAUUCUUGUUGCUGCAUUUGGUGACUCCAGAGAAUGUUGUCUAUCUUGAAAU